AUGAGCAGUGGACUUGCCGACUUUGACGGGGACGACGUGAAGGCGCCCAUUGUGGCCGCACAGGCGCCCAUCAACGUAGGCAUGGGCACGCACAGCGCUGUCGCGCUCGGCGGGUUCCAGGACUUCUGCCUCAAAAGCGAACUCGCCAACGCCAUCCGCGAGAACGGCUUUGAGCACCCCAGCGAGGUGCAGCACCAGGCUCUGCCGCAGGCCAUGCUUGGCGCGGACAUUCUCGCCCAAGCGAAGUCCGGCAUGGGCAAGACCGCCGUCUUUGUCUUUGCGCUGCUCGAGCAGAUCGAGAAGGUGCAGGAGGGGCAAAAGCCGCGCUGCCAGGCCAUUGUUGUUGUUCACGCCCGUGAGCUGGCGUACCAGAUUGAGCAGGAGUUCAAGCGCUUCAACAAGUACCUGCCAUACUGUACCACCGGUGUCUUCUUCGGUGGCAUCCCUGAGGACGAGAACGUGAAGCAGCUCAAGAAGGAGGUUCCCGCGAUAGUCGUGGGCACGCCAGGACGCCUCAGUGCCCUCAUCCAGCGCAAGGCACUCGAUGUGUCUCGCGUCAAGUGGUUCGUCGUGGAUGAAUUCGACCGCUGCCUAGAGGACGUGAAGAUGCGCCGCGACGUGCAGACGGUGUUCCUCAAGACCCCGAAGGAGAAGCAGGUGAUGAUGUUCUCCGCCACAAUGACGGAGGAGCUGCGCAACGUCGCCAAGAAGUUCAUGAACAACCCAACGGAGAUCUACGUUGACCAGCGGGCGAAGCUGACGCUGCACGGCCUCGCGCAGUUCUACGUGAACGUCACUGAGGCGCAGAAGCUUCGCAAGCUGUGCGAGAUCCUCGACGCAGUGGAGUUCAACCAAGCCAUCAUCUUCGCCUCCUCUGUGGAGCGGUGUGAGGCGCUGUGCCGCCAGCUCCAGGCGCUCAAGUUCCCGGCUAUGGCGAUCCACUCCCGCAUGGAGCAGCCGGAUCGACUCCGUGUGUACGAGAGCUGCAAGACGAACCACACCCGCAUCAUUGUCGCGACGGAUCUCUUCGGUCGCGGCGUUGACAUUGACCGCAUCAACCUCGUGGUGCAGUUCGACAUGGCGUCCGACGCAGAUUCGUUUCUCCACCGCGUGGGCCGCGCUGGUCGCUUCGGCACGAAGGGCCUCACGGUGGCUUUUCUCACCGAGGAGGAGAAGGAGAUCAAGCGCGAAAACCGCAAGUACACAGACCACGGCAUCAUGAAGGAGGUGCAGGAGCGGUUUGAGAUGCAGGUGCAGGAGCUGACGGACGUCAAAACGCAGCUCAACCAGAGCCAGUACAUGAACCAGUAG